UUUACGCAUUGAGGUUUCUGAUUGGUCUUUUUGAAAGUACAAGUUAUUGUGGUCUUAUUGGACUUCUUGGCCAAUGGUACACUCCGUCUCAGUUGGGAAAGCGUGCGGGAAUUUUCCAAAUCUCGUCCUCGCUCUCUAACAUGUUCUCUGGUUAUCUUCAGAGUGGACUGCACAGCGGCAUGAACGGCGUGCACGGCCUCGCCUCGUACCAGUGGCUGUUUAUUUUUGACGGAAUUAUCACAAUCCCGGUGGCCAUCUACGGCUACUUUGCAAUUCCUGAGGCACCACACGAUUCCAAGUCAUGGUGGCUGAGAAAAGACGAGAAAGAGCUGGUCAUUGCAAAUUUGGAUGCUGUCAAGCGGCAGCCACGCAAAAAGCUCACGCUCAACUCCAUGAAGGCUCUAUUUUUCACUUGGCCCGUGUGGCUGUUUUCCACGGCGUUCAUUUUCCACGUCGUGGCCAUCAAGCUGUACAGCUACAUGAACCUAUGGCUCAAGUCGGAACAAUACUCGGUCUCGCACAUCAACACUUACCCGACAGCCGGUUAUGCGGUGCAGAUUGUGUGCACCAUCAUCAUGACCUGGACGUCCGAUAUCAUGGGCAAGAGAUGGCCGAUGAUUGUGGCUUUCUGCACGGUUUCGGUUAUCGGGUGCAUAAUCCUCACUAUCUGGCCUACGCAUAACCACGUUGCCAUGUUUGUCGGCUGGUACCUGCUGUUUGCAGAGACAGGUUGCGGCGUUCUGUACAUGUCGUGGAUUAACGAGACCAUGGGCCACUCGGCCGAACAGCGUUUCGUGUGCAUCGGCGUCGUCGAGGCGCUCGCAUUCACGUUCCAAGCCUGGCUGCCGCUUAUUAUCUACAACACCACCAAUGCACCGUACUUUGGAAGCGGCUACCCGACCGCGCUCGCCUUUUUCGCCGGCGAGGCAGUUAUGGGGUGCGCUAUUGCCUACUUGCUCUACAAAGAGGCUCAAGGUUUCUCGUGGCUGCUCGAGCGCAGGGACAACGACUUCCGUCGGAUCACGAAAACACCGCUCGCCAAGGAAAAUAGCGACUCUGAAAUCGUGCAGACGUACGAGCAUGCAGAUGACAAGUCCUCGUCUAUGUAGCCUGAUUCAAAACUC